ACAGGAAACAGGGUUCAAAAAGUUUUCAUUCUGGGUCGGUUGGCUGACUCCUACAGUAUUAAUAUACAGCGCACUUAUGACAAAUAUCACAUUUCCGAUCAUCAACCGGAGGAGCAUGGAUCAGAUAACAAAGAGAAUAACUAUCGAGGGGCUGGACGAAUUUGACUACCCCAACUACUCUUGCCCCUCGUCUAACUGCUCGGAGGGGGAGGACUGGGAGCUGGCGUGCGACGGUGCGGUUGAAAUGCAGGCCUUCCACGCCUGGUUCCAGCCCCUGGCGUACGGCGUCAUGCUCCUGCUGGGCGUGACAGGAAACGGGCUCCUAUUGGCCGUCCUGCUGAGGCGCCGGACCCGCCUGCGCGCCACCGAGGUCUACCUGCUCCACCUGGCGGUGGCCGACCUGCUCCUCCUCCUCACCUUCCCCUUCUCCGUGGCCGAGCACGCGGUGGGCUGGCUCUUCGGCGACUUCCUGUGCGCGGCGCUGGGCUUCCUGCGCAGCCUCAACUUCUUCUGCGGCGUCCUGCUGCUGGCGUGCAUCAGCUUCGAGCGCUACCUGGCCGUGGUGCACGCCGUACGCAGCCUGCGGGGCCGACGCCCCCUCACUGGCCACCUGACCUGCGCCGCCGUCUGGCUGGUCAGCGCGGGGGUCUCCGCCCCCAUCUGCGCCUUGCUGUCCGUGGAGGAGGGGCCGGCCGACCAGCCCCGCUGCCGUCUCCACAGAAACGGUAUCCACGACAGCAACUGGGUGCUGGCCAGCCGCGCGCUGACGCUGUCGCUGGGCUUCUUCCUGCCGCUGGCGGUGAUGACGUACUGCUACGCGGCGGUGAUCCUGGCGCUGUGCCGCAGCCGCCACCGCAGCCUGGAGAAGCACGGCGCCGUGCGGCUGGCCCUGCUGGUCACCGCCGCCUUCUGCCUCUGCUGGCUGCCCUACAACGUCGCCGCCCUGCUGGACACCCUGGUCAUGCUGCGGCUGGUGGCGGUGGAGAGCUGCGACGCCCUGACGCGGUCCAAUCGGGCGCUGGCGGUGACGGAGGGCGUCGGGUACGCGCACUGCUGCCUCAUCCCACUGCUGUACGCCUUCCUGGGCGUGCACUUCCGCCGGGAGCUGAGGCAGCUGCCCUGCGCCGCCGCCUGCUGCCUCCGCUGGGGCGGGUGGCCCAGCCUGCCCUCCUCGCGGCUCCACAGCACCACCCAGCCCUCCUGGUCCGAGGGGGCGGUCACCACCGCCACCAAGGUCAUGUGACUCGCCUCGCUCCGCCCACCCACCCACCCGCCAAUGAAAUCCACGGCAAUUUGACCAGAGGGAAAGUGGGACUCAUUCAGCAGUGUUGGGUUUUUUUUUUUCUUCUUUUUUAUAUUGCUGGAUUGGUUGAAAUUUUCAAAAGAAUAUUUACUCAGUUACGCAGUCUCUGUAUCGUUGAGUGAAAUUUUAACUUGCUGAGAUAAAUAACGAGAGCAAAACAUGAUGGCGUCAAACAUGACCAUUCUAAACAAGGUGAAAUGACAACGUGGUUACAGCUUUGCUGUCAGCAAGCUUGCUUUACAAAAAAAAUGCGCUGAAGAGAAACAUGUUUUUAAUGAAGCUGUAUAUUUAGCUAGUAUCUGCAUUCAGGGGUUCAUGUACCACAUAAACCAGUACAUUGCAUUUGUACAGCAGGGUGUUUUACAGAAGCAAGCUGGACUUGCUACUGUGUGUGUGUGUGCAACAGCAAUGCCCCACUUAGGACCUGAACCUGCAAACUUUGGGAGAAAAAACUCUAAAGAGAAAACUCUUUAGCCAAACUAUGGAAAAAAAACACUGUAAAUUUAGAUAAGCAAAAGAGGAUGUAGUCAUGAUUCAUACUGUAUGAAAUCUAUGAUGCAUAUUAAACUGCCCCACCUGUUCUUUAUGCACCGUAUGUACUAAAGCCAUGCGAUAGCACAAUAAAGUUAUCUGUGUGUGUGUAAA